AUGGUAUUGUUACAGAGGAGAAGAUUACGAGGAUCGGGCUCCGGGGAUGAGGAAGAGGAUGACAGAGGUAAUCGUAACAAUGGCGGAUUUGGAGUUCGAUUGGGGAAAAAGUACGAGCUGGGGAGAACCCUUGGAGAAGGCAAUUUUGGGAAGGUGAAAUACGCGAAGAACCUCGAAUCGGGCCGGGCCUUCGCGAUCAAGAUUUUGGAGAAAAACAGGAUUGUCGACCUCAACAUCACUCACCAGAUAAAGCGGGAGAUUGGGACUCUGAAACUCCUCAAACACCCAAACGUCGUCAGAUUAUAUGAGGUGUUAGCAAGCAAGACGAAGAUUUAUAUGGUCCUUGAGUACGUGAAUGGUGGCGAACUGUUUGAGAGGAUUGCCUCCAAAGGAAAAUUCCCAGAAGCCGUAGGCAGGAAGCUCUUCCAAAAUUUGAUUGAUGGUGUUAGUUACUGUCACAACAAAGGCGUUUUUCACCGAGAUCUCAAACCAGAAAAUGUGCUGAUUGAUGCAAGCGGAAUGAUUAAAAUUACAGAUUUCGGCCUCAGUGCAUUACCUCAACAUCUCAGGGACGAUGGAUUAUUGCACACGACUUGUGGAAGUCCAAACUAUGUUGCUCCCGAAAUACUAUCAAACAGAGGAUAUGAUGGUGCAGCCUCAGAUACAUGGUCGUGUGGUGUUAUCUUAUACGUAAUUCUCACUGGAUAUCUUCCCUUUGAUGACCGGAACCUUGCAGUACUCUAUCAAAAGAUUUUCAAGGGAGAAACCCAGAUUCCGAAAUGGCUAUCUUCCGGGGCAAAAAACUUAAUAAAGAGGAUUUUGGAUCCGAAUCCUCAGACACGGAUAACAAUGUCUGAGAUAAAAGAAGAUGAAUGGUUCAAACAAGGGUAUGUACCAUUAUAUCCUAAUACAGAUGACGAAGAGGAAGAAGAAGAAGAAGAAGAUGAAAAUACCAGCACAGAUGAUGAUGUGUCAUCUGUACAUGAGACGCCUUCGGAUGCAGAAAGAGAUCCCGACUCGCCCACUCUAAUCAAUGCUUUUCAGCUGAUUGGAAUGUCAUCGUGUCUGGAUCUUUCUGGCUUCUUUGAGAAAGAGGACAUUUCCGAGAGGAAAAUUAGAUUUACAUCGAAUUAUUCUCCUAAAGAAUUACUGGAGAGGAUCGAAAGUACAGUUACAGAGAUGGGAUUUCACGUUCAAAAGAAAAACGGAAAGUUGAAAGUACUGCAAGGCCAACUGGUAGAGCGCAAAGGUCAGAGAGCCCCCGGAUGCCUCUCAGUGGCUGCGGAAGUUUUCGAAAUAAGUCCAUCCUUGUACGUAGUCGAGUUGCGAAAAGCAUAUGGCGAUCCUACAGUGUACAGACAGUUGUGUGACAAACUAGCAAAGGAAUUGGGUGUGGAGCACAAAAGCAAGUGCAUUGCCGAGCUACCAAUGGAUUUUAAAACUAGCAACGACUGA